AUGUCCUCCACAGCGAAGAGAUCCCUCAGUGGCACGCGCAGAUCCAUUAGUCCGCCUGCGCUGAGGAGGAAAGUUUCUCACACGGACGAGGACAAUGCACACGUGGCCAACACAUGGUCUGCAAACCCAAAUCGUGUCCGCCUUUUCAGUUGGAAUGUCAAUGGCAUCGGCCCACUGCUCCAAAAGCACCUGUCUUUCGACCCUGGUUCCCUGUCGCCGCUGAGAUCAUUUUUGAAGCGCCACCAAUGGCCUCAGCUACUGUGUUUGCAGGAAGUCAAAAUCAGCCCCAAAGACGUCGCAACUCAAAGACAGCUGCAUCAAGCUGCCAAUCACGGUCACGCCGCUGGCGAACCUACCUACACGGUUCAUUUUUCUCUACCCAGAGACAAGUACAAUGCUUCUGGAUUCGGCGGCAAAGUCCACGGCGUUGCCUCCGUGAUUAGAGACGACUUCGCCUCGGGAGUACGGGCCACCCGGCGACCAGAAUGGGACCUCGAAGGUCGAGUUUUGAUACAUGAACAGGAGCUUGGUCUAGUCGUGAUCAACGGCUACUGGGUCAACGGGACGUCCAAUCCAUAUCGACAUCCUGUAACGGGCCAGAUCUCCGGUACCCGACACGAUCACAAGCUGCAUUUUCAUCAGCACAUGCUGAAACAUGUCCUCCAGUACCAGACAGAGGGCCGCCAUGUCAUUUUGAUCGGGGACAUGAACAUCGCUAGGUCCCGGAUCGACGGCCAUCCAACCCUACGGACGUCUCCUCUACAACAUGUACAGAACCGUGCAGACUUCAAUGCUAAGUUUUUCACCGACCUAAACGGCAUGCGCGGGAUCGAUGUCUUCAGACACUUCCAUGGGAACACCAAGAAAUUCACGUAUUACCCGCGUGGAAGUACCUGGGGUGCGAGCUGUGACAGAGUGGACCUAAUCAUCGUCAGCCACGCCCUGGUGGACGAUCUAGAUGUUGUCACCGGCACUGACAUUUGCGAUUCUGCACCAGAACGUGGGCACAGCGACCACGUCCCACUCUGGAUCUCUCUUGACUUGGCCAAAUUGACCGAGAAGAAGCACACCACGCUUUGCACUCUCGAUGAAUCGCAGGCCAACGCUGGUUCCAGCCGACCCCGCGUCUCGGCGAAAUGA